GUUGAAAUGAUUCACUCGUGAUUCAGACCUAUUACUAGUUGGACGUUUUACUAAACAAGUUAUAGAAUAAGUUAAUUUUUAGCCCAAUGCUAGCGACCGCAAGUGUACAGAUUCGUAUGAGCGGUCUGACUUCCUAUAGCUGUACUUCACCUGGUAACUGUCUCAAUCCCAGCACCCAGGUCUGCUCCGAUAAAACAGCCAAUGAGACCAGCGGCUGGUUGAACACCAUUCACAAAUUUGUAUCCGUCGUAGAAAGUAGUCGUAUCGAUGAUAUUUUAAGUUUUCAAAAAAUAUCAAUAUAAUAUUUGAUAUGCAAUUUUCAA